CGGGAAGAGCAGAGAAGAGGAGAUGAGAGGAGCAGACCGGAGCGCAGCGUCAGGAGUCACGCUACACGCGGGAUGCGGUGGGCGAUCUCUGCGGCUUGAAUUCAAAUUUAUUGUAACAUAAUCCGAAAAGUUUACCUCCUGCGAGAGCCGAGAGCAAAAGAAAACCCGCAUCGGAAGAGGCGACCGCCUCAGACGUAUUUGUGGCGGUGUCCCCGUCCGAGCUCCGCAGUUUGCCGACUGGAAGGAACGCUCCGGAGCCGAUGUUGUUGUCAGUCUAAGGGGAGAGGGGAAAGGCGCAGAAGAGGAGGGGAAGAUAACGAGAUCGUCUUGCACAGAUCUCCUACGUGUCGAGCUUGAUGUGGAGGCGGUGAAGUUGUUUUCCUGGAAAGGUACCAGUGCCCUUGCCGUUGCCUAGCAACAAAGUGAGUCCAUGGGACUUCUCGUCUUGAAGAUUCUCACCACCUACCCGGAAACCAUCCUCCUCAGACGGUCGGGGAAACUUUGAGCAUUCAUCGCCGUUUAUCAACCCUGGAAGACCCCUGCCACUUUGAUGUGUGAACGCACCCACCGAUAAUGGCCCAGAGGACACACAGUGGACAUACAGAAGAAGCAGAUGUGUUCAUGCGUUCCAUCCAUGCCACCCGACAGACUCUCUCCUACAGACACGUCUGAACUUCUGAAGGUGUUCGUUCAUACUACUAUUAAAUACGGCCAUCGUCAGACUUAUAUCUGAACAGUUCAAGACUGCAAAGUGACCUGCAUGUGCAGAUAGCAGAGGGAGACGUCACAGAGCAGCACGCUGUUUGCGGAAGUAAGGAUCCCGGCAGCAGUGUGAGAAUGAGGCUGUUGUGGAAAUCCCUGGACAAGAUGAGGUGUCUGAGGAAACGUUCCACGAUCCCCUUCCUCGGCUUCCUCAUUACCUUCCUCCUCUUCCUCAACCUCUACAUUGAAGAUGGCUACGUGCUGGAAGGAGAUAAAAGGCAGCUCAGGGAACCUUCAGUCCAUCCUCCAAGCUCAGAGCGAUACGCUCACACCUUUAGAGACCUCAGUAACUUCUCUGGAGCCAUUAAUGUCACAUACCGCUAUCUCGCUGGGACACCUCUGAACCGCAAGAAAUUUCUGACAAUUGGAUUGUCAUCAGUCAAAAGGAAAAGAGGAAACUACCUUCUGGAGACGAUCAAAUCCAUCUUUGAUCAGUCCAGCUAUGAGGAGCUGAAGGAGAUUGUGGUUGUGGUCCACCUGGCAGACUUUGACCUGGUCUGGUGUGAGAACGUGGUCCAGGAAAUCACCAGGAAGUUUGCUCACCACAUCAUAGCCGGACGCCUGCUGGUCAUCCAGGCCCCAGAGGAGUUCUAUCCCUCUCUGGACGGCUUAAAGAGGAACUACAAUGACCCAGAAGACAGAGUCCGUUUCCGCUCCAAGCAGAACGUGGACUACGCUUUCCUCCUCAACUUCUGCACAAACCUGUCACACUUCUACAUGAUGCUGGAGGAUGACGUGCGCUGCUCCAGAAACUUUCUGACAGCGCUGAAGAAGGUGAUCACCUCCAGAGAAGGUUCCUACUGGGUGAUGAUGGAGUUCUCAAAGCUGGGCUACAUCGGAAAGCUGUACCACUCCAAAGACCUGCCCCGCCUGGCUCAUUUCCUCCUCAUGUUCUACCAGGAAAUGCCUUGUGACUGGCUCCUCAUCCACUUCAGGGGUCUGCUGGCUCAAAAGGACGUGAUCCGCUUCAAACCCUCACUGUUCCAGCACAUGGGCUACUACUCGUCCUAUAAAGGGGUGGAGAACAAACUGAAAGAUGAUGAAUUCGAGGAAGACUCCAUAGACAUUCCAGACAACCCCCCCGCCAGUAUUUACACGAACAUCAACGUCUUUGAGAACUACGACGCCACCAAAGCUUACAGUACGGUGGAUGAAUACUUUUGGGGGAAGCCUCCCUCCACUGGUGACUUCUUUGUCAUAGUCUUUAACAAAUCAACCAAAAUUAGCAAAAUUAAGAUUGCUACUGGGUCUGAUGACCGACAAAAUGACUUUCUUCACCAUGGAGCUCUCGAAGUUGGAGAGAAGCUGGUUGGGACAAAAAAAGGAAAACAGUGCUCCUCUUAUAUCACAUUAGGGGAGUUUAAAAACGGAAACAUUGAGGUUCAAGAUGUGGACCAUAAGAUUUCUUUUGACAUUGAGUGUGUUCGUAUUGUGGUGACAGCUAGCCAGAAAGAAUGGCUCAUUAUUAGAAGUAUCAGUUUAUGGACUACACAACCCCCCAGUCAAUGAUAACUAUACUCAACUUAUCUUAGUAACCCAUACAGGCAGUUUUUAUUAUAAUUAUUGAUAUUAUUAUAAUUACUAUUGAUGUGUUUUCUAGGUUUAUUUUAAUCAUUUUGUAUGUAUUUAUUGAUUUUCUUGCCAAAUCAGUCUGUGUUUUUAUACUUAAAUGUUGUAACCUUAGUGGACCAUCUUCACGGUCAUCCUCAAGGACUUUUGAACUGACCUCAGUGUAUUUAGUAAUCAUAGCUUAAUCCACAUAUCAUUGUGUUUGUAUAAAAAACUUUUCUUUACCAAAACCUGAUUACAGUAAAUAACCUUAGCAUAAAAGUGAGGAAUUUGGGGUUUAGUUAAGUAUUUCUUUGUUGUGACAAUGCUUUUUGACAAUAACUUUUACACUGCUGGUAAGCCUGAUUAUUUUUUUUUUCAUAAAUGGUGCAACAUCUGGAAACGGCAUUGUUGUGCAGAGGUUGAGCAUGUGGGUUGUGUCAGGAAAGGAAAUGUCAGCUACUCUCCUACAGUGGUGGAUAGCAAUGAGUGGAGUCAGUGUGAUGGUGUGGUAUAACAUCUCCUUCACAGAAAAUACAAGGCAUGUCAUCAUUAAAGGCACAGCAACAUCAGCCCUAACGCCCCAAAAGGGAAAAUGGUUUGAAAAAUCUGUUUCUUGCAGGGGACCUAAUCAGCUUGCCAAACCGACUGAUCACAAUGGAGGAGAAACAGGUGGAACCUGCAAAGCAAAAUGAUCAGGUCGGGGUCACUAAUAUAGCGUGAGAAGAAGGAGACGAGAACUGACUGCAUACAGGUUACUUUAAUCCUCUCGUGCCACCAAAAACAAAAGGAUCAACAUGCAAAUCACAUACCACCUAGGAGCUCCUUUUACACGC